GGUUGUUGGCCGCUGCAGGGCAACACCCCGGCGUCCCUGGAAGCGGGGAGCCGGGGUGGUGCUGGGGAAGCUGCGCAGAGCCGGGCGCGGUGGCCCAGUGCUUCCCGGGGCGGGGGACAGGUCUUUGGGACCUAGGUGUUCGAGCCCAGACCAAUCAUGGCGGGAAGACCCAUCCGCAUAGGAGACCAGCUGGUUCUGGAGGAAGAUUAUGAUGAGACCUACAUCCCCAGUGAGCAAGAGAUUCUUGAAUUCGCCAGAGAGAUUGGUAUUGAUCCCAUCAAGGAACCAGAGCUGAUGUGGCUAGCACGGGAGGGCAUUGUGGCCCCACUACCUGUGGAGUGGAAGCCCUGCCAGGACAUCACAGGUGACAUUUACUAUUUCAACUUUGCCAACGGGCAGUCCAUGUGGGACCAUCCAUGCGAUGAGCACUAUCGGAACUUGGUGAUCCAAGAGCGGGGGAAGCUGUCAGCCCCUGGAGCCAUUAAGAAGAAAGACAAGAAAAAGAAAAAGGAAAAGAAAGACAAGAAGGACAGAGAGACCCCCAAAAGUCCGCUGGAAACACAGCCCGAGCAGGGACUUCUGCCUUCUUCUUCCCUUCUCCGUGGCCCAUCCCCUCUCCCAGCACCUGGGCUUGCUGAUCUGGACCCAGACCAAGAGAUGCAGGCUAGAAGUGAGGGCUCCUUUAAGAAAGGGAAGAGCCCCUGUGUGCUGGGUGACACCCCCUGGCCUCUCCUGGGCACCCUGCCCAGCAAGCUACAGCCACUCUCCAAAGGCCAAGCUUCUCGCACCCACCAGAUCUUUGCCGACGUGGAGAAAAUCUUAGGCAGGGCCCCAGCCCAGUGCAGGACAAAAUUGGGUGAUCAGCAGAGUCUGGGGAAACCCCAGAAGCCGACAGAGAAAAUCUACCUGGGGUUUUCAGACCCUGAAAUAGAAGAGCUGGAACUGAGGACCAGACAGCAGAAGCCCAGUGCUCUGGGCUCUGAGAACACCAGGCCCCUCCAGAAUGGGCAGGAUGUGCUGGAAGGCAGGAGCCAGGCCUCUGUCCACUCAAAGCUUUCUGAAACCAUCACCGGCCUACAGCUAAAAGGGGAGCAGCAUGGCCACCACAUGGCCAAACGGGGCUCCACUGGCCCUGGGGGAGACAAGAGCCAGAGCCCCAUUCCCUCACCGUCCCCUGAGGAGGACCGUUCCCGGUCCCUGUGUUCCUCUGACCACAUGCCGCCCACCAGCAAGAGCCAGCUGCUCUUGUUAGACAGUGGCCCAGCCGACGGCCUGAGCUGGCAGGGUGUGUCCGGGGAAGGUGGGAGCGUGGGCAGGGGGAGGAGGAGGAAAGAGCCCCCGGGACUGUGGAUGGGACAGGUCUCCAGGCUUGUCAACAAGGACACCCCUGGGAGCUCCCAGGGGGCAGGACCUGAUGACCCCGAGAUUCCAGGGGCCACAGCUAAAGACCUGCUUCAGGAGCUCUUCCUAAAGCCGCCUGACCCUCUGGCAUCAGAGCUGGCCCAGAAUGGCCCUUCAGGGAGUGCCCCCGGAUGCUCCCCGGCCGGUGAGGAGAGACAACCCCCCGGGUCUCUAGAGCCCCCCGAAGAAGACAGGAGGCCUAGUGGGUCUGAGCCUGACUUGGAGAGCAGCAGCCUGGCUUCUUGCCUUGGCUCGCAGAUCCUGGGCGAGGUGAACCACUUUCCUUGGGACCUGCAGAGCUCUCCGGGAUCUGAGCAGGGCGUGAGGGGUCAGUCAGGUCCCAGAGCCAGAGAGCAGCGCUCCAGCCCCUUCCUGGGACUCCAGUUGUCCCACAUGCAGAGCUCUGCCGAUGAGCAGUCAGAGAGUGAAGACUACUCUGAGGAUCAGAGAUUCUACCAGCACAUCCUGCAGAUGGUCAAGAUCUCCAGGCGGCUGGAGGGCCUGGGGCUGCCCGAGAGCAUGCAGGAGACGCCAUGUAAAGAUAUCGCCAGCAUGGUCUGUUGCAUGGCGGCCGAGUCUUCCAGGAUGUCUAGUGAGGGUGAGCACGAGGCCGUCGGAGCCAUGGAGAGGGACUCAAGGUUUCUGGCUUGGGGGCCAGAGAUGCUGGAGCAUCCUCAGGAGGUGGCUCUUGCCCUUGCUGGGCAGGAGGUCUCUCAGCAAGCCUGUUUCCAGCCCAGCAGCAGCCCCCUCAGGCAGGGGCUAGUCGAGCUGAGUUCCAGCAGAGGGCUUGCUGCAGAGCCAGGCAAGAUGCAGCUUCUCAACCAGGCCCUCGGCUCCUUAUUAGCCCCAGUCCAUGUCCCUCCUGGGGGCCUGGCUCCCUUGAGAGGCCUUGCGGAUGCCCCGGCCUCCGCUCUUCGUGGAUCACAAAGUGUGAGCCUAGGGAGCUCAGUGGAGUCUGGUCCGCUCGGAGAACUCAUGCUGCCUUCACAGGGUCUCAAGACUUCUGCUUGUACAAAGGGUCUCUUGGGCUCCAUCCAUGAAGACAAGAAUGCUCUCAGCCUCUUGGCUUUAGGGGAGGAGACCAACGAGGAGGAUGAGGUGGAGAGUGACAACCAGAGUGUCUGCAGCUCAAGUGAGCUUCUUAAGAACCUGCACCUGGAUAUUGGGGCGCUGGGGGGUGACUUUGAGUAUGAGGAGUCUCCGAGAACAAGCCAGCCAGAAGAGAGGAAGGAUGCUUCUCUGGAUUCCGAUGCUGCAGGGCCCCCCACUCCUGGCAAGCUCCUCAGCCAGGGUGCAGACAGCAGUCUGAGCAGCGCUGAUGGCAAAGGGCAGCAGGGUAGAGGGGUGAGUGCUUGGCUCCUGGAAAAAGAAACGGAUGAGAAGAGUGAUCCUGGGAUGUCCAGGAACGGGGUGGACCCUGGGGGCAGUCAGCCUGCCAAAGCCAACGAAAAGGAGGCACCAGAGGACCCAGCGGAUGCAGGAGAGGGGGAUCCCAGGAAGGGAGAGGCCGAGGCAGCGGAGGAGGCUUCCGACCCCAAAGAGAGCAGAUCAGACCGGAGCAAGGAGUCGGAGGUUAGUGAACACGUGAAGGAGCUGCAGCUCUCGGACUCCACUGAUUCUGACCCCAAGUCCCUCCUGGGCCUGGACUUUGGUUUUCGCAGUCGGAUCUCGGAGCACCUGCUGGAUGUUGACGUGCUUUCCCCAGUCCUGGAUGGAGCCCGCUGGGAGGCCCAGAGGCUGGGAAGAGAAGACAAGGAUGGCAGCCAGUCCGGCCAAGAUGAGCUGCAGAGCAAGCAGUCCAGAGGCUCGGAGAGUAGGCCUUACUCCGCUGCUCUGGCUGGUCUGACCAGGUUGUCUCCUCCACUUGUGCCUGGGAGGUGGCAGAGUCCCCUUCACAGCCAGGCCACCGAAGAAGGGCCUCCGCAGGCCUCUGAGGGGCAGCCCAGGCAGGAGCAGGCAGAGGAGCCUGGGGAGGACUCUGUAGUCAGCCCCGUCCCGCCACCCGGUUCCCUGCGGAGGGAGGAGACCCCAGACCCACCUGCCGCCCACGAGAGGGGCAAGGAGCAGCGCUCCCAGGCCACGGAGCUGGGCCUUGGGCAGGAAGAGGCCAAGGAGCCCGAGGAGAAGGUGGCAGCCGGCCCUGCCCCGCCAGUCUCUCCAGAGGCAGAGAAGAGGGCGUGCCACGCCAUGCUAGGCCUCAAGGGGAAGGAGCAGGCUGUGUCAGGAGGCAGAAGAGGCGAGAAGGGAGAGCGUGGCCCAGAGCCUUUAUUGGGGUUUCCAUGGGAAGGAAUGGGUGAGGCAGGGCGAUCUACGGAGCCUGCAGCUCCCCCAAAGCAGGCUUCACUGAAGGCCAUGGAAGAGGCCAUGGCCCAGGACCUGGAGCAAGACCGGAGGCGGCUCCUGGAGUCGAAGCGGGAGAAGAUGCAGCAGCUGCGGGAGAAGCUGUGGCAGGAGGAGGAAGAGGAGACCCUCCAGCUUCACCAGCGGAAAGAGAAGUCUCUCAGGUCCUGCCCUCCCCUUAGUUCCCUGAAGGAGCAGCUGCGGAAGGCCACCGAGGAGGAGGAGACUCACAUGAGAGAGGAGGAGAGCCGGAGGCUGUCCCAGCUCCGGGCCCAGGUGCAGUCCAGUGCGGAAGCAGAUGAGGGCCGCAUCAGGGCUGAGCAGGAGGCUUCCCUGCAGAGGCUGAGAGAAGAGUUGGAGUCUCUCCAGAAGGCUGAGAGGGCCAGCUUGGAACAGCAGAGCAGACAGAUGCUGGAGCAGCUCAAGGAAGAGGUGGAGGCCUCGGAGAAGAGAGAGCACGCUGCCCUGAAUGCCGAGAAGGAGGCGGCUUUGCAGCAGCUCAGGAAGCAGCUGGAGGGGGAGAGGAAAGAGGCCGUGGCAGCACUGGAGAGGGAGCACAAGGCCGAGCUGGAGCGGAUCUCUUCCUCGCUGGAGGCCAAGCACAGGGAGAUUGUCUCCAGCCUCCAGAAGAAGAUGAAGGAAGCUCAGCAGAAAGAGGAGACCCGGCUGCAGGAGAGCCUCAGUCGGGCAGAGCAGAGGGCUCAUCAGAAGGUUCACCAAGUGCUCGAAUAUGAGCAAGAGCUCAGUGGCCUCCUACAAGAGAAGCGCCAGGAGGUGGAAAGGGACCACGAGAGGAAGAUGGACAAGAUGAAGGAGGAGCACCAGCAGGUGGUGGCUGAGGCCAGAGAGCAGUACGAAGCCGAGGAGAGGAAGCAGCGGGCGCAGCUGCUGGGCCACCUGACUGGGGAGCUGGAGCACCUGCGCAGGUCGCACGAGCGAGAAUUGGAGGCCAUGAGGCAGAUGCAGGACAGGCAGCUCGAGGACUUGCAGCGUCGGCAUCGGGAGCAGGAAAGGAAACUCCAAGAUUUAGAGGUAGAACUUGAAACCAGAACCAAAAAUGUCAAAGCCAAAUUGGCUCAACUGGACCUCCAGGAGGAGACAGCCCGAAGGGAGCAUCAGCAGCUCCUUGAUGUGCAGAGGCAGGUGGCGCUGCAGAGCGAGGAAGUCACAGCCAGCUAUCAGCACUUGGAGGAGGCAAAGAAGGAGCACACCCACCUGUUGGAGUCAAACCGACAGCUCCAAAGACUCCUGGCUGAGCUUCAGGCCCGCAAGGUGGGGCUGGAGUCCCAGGUGGAUGCGCUGCAGACCCAGAAUCGGAGGCUGCAGAAGCACAUCAGCGACCUGGAGGCUGAAGCUCAGAGGAAGCAGGACACACUGAAAGAGCUAGCAGCCAAGGAGAGUAACGCCUCCCCACGUUCUGAGCCAGAUCUCCACAUUGAGGACCUGAGGAAAUCCCUGGGGACAAACCAGACCAAAGAGGUAUCUUCUUCUCUCUCCCAGAGCGAGGAGGAGCCCAACUUGUCCUUGGACAGUGUCCGGCACUACCUCUCUGCCGAGGGGAUGGCCCUCCGCAGUGCCAAGGAGUUCCUGGUACGGCAGACCCGCUCCAUGCGGAGACGGCAGACGGCUCUGAAGGCGGCCCAGCAGCACUGGCGCCGGGAGCUGGCCAGUGCUCAGGAGGCUGCCAAAGAUCCCCCAGGCACCAAGGCCCUGGAAGAUGCGCGCAAGGACCUGGAGGAGGAGACCAGGCACCUGGAUGAGAUGAAGUCGGCCAUGCGGAAGGGCCACGACCUGCUGAGGAAGAAAGAGGAGAAGCUGAAUCAGCUAGAAUCAUCUCUUCGGGAGGAGGCUUCAGAUGAGGACACUCUGAGACGAGCUUCCACCAAGAAGGUGGUGACAUUUGACCUCAGCGACACAGAAGACAUGAGCAGUUCAAGCUCCGAAUCCUGCCCCCUGCCUCACUUCAACCUGACUGCAAGUGCCACCUUCCCCUACAAGUUCCACUACUUGAGCAGCUCCCUGCAGCGGAUCAGCAGCCAGCUGAACGGUGUCCUCAGCAUGCUGGGCAGUCUCAACCCGCAGCCACCACCACCACUCUUCGCUUCCACACCGGCACCCACCCCGCCCCGGGACCUCAGGAGCACCCCCAUACCCGCCUGCCCCUCCCUGGCCCGGGUGUCAGCCUGGCCACCGGCGGUGCCCACAUCCACCCAGUGGGCCUGGGGCCCCGGGCUGGGCCCCACGCUCUCCUCCUCCGUGGCUCAAACAGUGGACGACUUCCUGUUGGAGAAGUGGCGCAAGUAUUUUCCAACUGGAGUCCCGUUCCUCAGCAGCGGCCCUGCCCCACUGGAGAAUAGGCUGGGUUAUGUGUCUGCCAGUGAGCAGCUGCGCCUCCGGCAGCAGUCCCGUUCGCACGGCUCCGGCCCUGAGGCGGGCAGCACAGACUUCCAGAGCAUGAUUGAGGCCAACCGAAAGUGGCUAGAACAUUACAGGAAUGACCCCAAGUUACAUCUCUUCUCUUCAGUGCCCAAGCCGGCAGCUACCUCAGGCCUUCUGCAGCUGGGCCUGGAUGAGAACAGUAGCCUGAGGGUGUAUCGCUACUGAGGCCCCGAGCCUUUCCUGCACCCAGACCAAGUGCCUGAGGAGCUGCCUGCGCUCUAGUGCUUCUGGGAAAGCUUUCUCCUGCCCUAUUUGCUGCUGCCUGCCCCACUCAGAGGAACCCGGCGGCGGGGCCGGAAAGGAUGGUACCACAGGAAUACCGUAAGCCUUCCCCGAGACCACGCAUCUCAGGCUGAAGAGUGUGGACUUCUGUGAGCUCCUGCCUGGACAAGGCAACACCGACGUGGGGCCAUCAGAGCCCGGGCACCUGCAGGAGGAGGAGGAGGAGGUAUUAGGAGUUGCCUUCCAAGGCCAAGGGGCCUGCAGGGCACUCUGUGCUCAGGACUUCUGCGGUUAUGUGUGUAUGGUCCUUAAUUCACCAGAACGAAGCCCCCCAGCAUGUCUGUACCCUGGGAUCAGGCUCUAAUACCUCAGCCUCAGAGAGAUCAGACCCUUUUCUUUUUUCUUUUUUUUGGUAAGUCUCCUUUCUUGAGCACUCUAUCUCAGGAUUGGGCCCAGAGCCCUGCCAGAGGUUGCUGGAAGUUGGCCCCCAGACAUUCUGCUGCCCAUCCUCCCUCUGCUGGCUCUGUGCUUUCCUCAGGGGCGCUCCCGUCCCUUCCCUUCCCUCGGGCUCCUCCCCCGCCAGCUCGAGUCUCAGGUCACAAGCACACAACUUUCAAGAAGCCAACAAGCCACAGGAAAAGUCCGGGAUGGCUUUGGGGUCACAUCUUGGUUUUCUCUUUCUGGGCCACCAUGGGGAGAGUUGUGGGUUCUUGUUUCCACGCCCCUGGCAGCCCUCCUCCAGGCUGGGCCGCACUGGGCCCAGCUCCCUGUGGUCCCAUCUCCCGUCAGAGGGCUCCUUGGGGGGUGGGGGGGGGGGUGUGCUGUAGCGGACGUUCUUGGACAUCUGUCCUGUCAUUUAAAUAAAAUGCCCCUGUGUUUGUCUUGAAAGCUCUGGGGUUGCCCUUGCCUCUCCACGGCACAGACACCAAGUCUCUGUCAGCCUACCAUUCAUUUCUUUGUCAGGGACUAAGAAACUUUUUACCCCACCCCACACACACUUUUUAGGCAUCAGUCUACCAUAGAGAAAAAAAGUCCAUUUUGCUAUUUGGCUCAUCCUGUGUGCUUUGGGGCUAGCGCCUGUAUUAGAACCAACUCUGGUGACAAGCCUGUGUUUUCUACAUCAAUUAAAAUCCCUGCAGGUCUA